AAAACUACAACUCCCAGAGUGCACAGGGCGAGUCCGGUGACUAGGGUCAGGUGACUUCUGGCCCGCCUUCAUACAAAGUCUGUGCAGGCUGGAGAAGCUGGUCCACUCUUGCAGCUGCAACUUAGCUCUUGAGUGUUGGAGAGCUUGAACCCGAGAGAGUCGAGCUGGCCCGGGCGACCCCAACAGUCCCUCCUCAUAUCCCAGAGGCCCAGUGACUGGUACUGCAAGUUGGCUGGACAACCUGCUGCUCUCCAGCAUCCGCUCCAAGGUCCCGUCCCCUGUCACUAGUCCUGGCCUCUUGUCACCGGACAGCCUUCCAGAUUGAAGACUUCUGCUGGUGUUCUUUGAAAUUGAGGAACAUGGCAAGGAGUUGGCUGAUUGUUUUUAUUCUUUUCCCUCUGAAGGUCAUAGAGAACUGUGAGGCCAUGGACAACCUCGCUGUUCCUUCCACCGUGAAGCUGGAAAACGGAAGCUCAACCAAUGUCAGCAUCAUCCUUCGGCAACCCUUAAAUGAAACCUUGGUGAUCACUUUUGAAAUCACGUUCCGUUCAAAAAAUGUCACUAUCAUUGAGCUUCCUGAUGAGGUUGUGGUGCCUCCCGGAGUCACAGCUUCCUCUUUCCAAGUGGUAUCUCAAAAUGUUGGACAAGUUACCGUUUACCUGCACAGAAAUCAUUCCAACCAGACUGGCCCUAGGAUAAUCUUCUUGGUGGCCCGAAGUCACACAAUUAACAUCAUCAACCAGGUGAUUGGGUGGAUCUACUUUGUGGCCUGGUCCAUCUCCUUCUAUCCUCAGGUGAUCAAGAACUGGAGGCGGAAAAGUGUCAUCGGUCUGAGCUUUGAUUUCGUGGCCCUGAACCUGACAGGCUUCGUGGCCUACAGCGUGUUCAACAUUGGCCUCCUCUGGGUGCCCUACAUCCAGGAGCAGUUCCUCCUUCAACAUCCCAAUGGAGUGAACCCCGUGGACACGAACGAUGUCUUCUUCAGCCUGCAUGCAGUUGUCCUCACCCUGGUGGUCUUAGUUCAGUGCUUCCUGUAUGAGCGAGGGGACCAGCGCGUGUCCUGGCCUGCUACUGGCUUCCUGGUGCUCGCCUGGAUGUUUGCACUCAUCACCAUGAUCGUGGCCGCAGUCGGGGCAACCACGUGGCUGCAGUUUCUCUUCUGCUUCUCCUACAUUAAGCUCGCAGUAACGCUGAUCAAGUAUUUUCCACAGGCCUAUAUGAACUUCCGCUACAAGAGCACCGAGGGCUGGAGCAUUGGCAAUGUGCUUCUGGACUUCACUGGGGGCAGCUUCAGCCUCCUCCAGAUGUUCCUGCAGUCGUACAACAAUGACCAAUGGACCCUGAUAUUUGGAGACCCGACCAAGUUUGGACUCGGCCUCUUCUCCAUCUUCUUCGAUGUCAUCUUCUUCAUCCAGCACUUCUGCUUAUACAGAAAGAAACCAGGGCUUCAAGCAGCACGCACAGGUUCUGGGAGCCACCCACCCCAGGCAGGAUUGUGAGCCAAGUCUGGAGCCGAAGGCCUUGCCCUAAGCAACCAGUGUUUCUGGGAGCAGCUUGAAGGACUGACCUUGGAGCUGGGAGAGCCAAGGACACUUUGCCUCUACUGCUGUGUCUCCAGAGACUAAGCAGUCAGGUGCUAUGCCUAAUGGACUGAGAGGUGCUGGUGGUGGGAUACUACAACUUCGGGGUUAGGCCUUGGGGCUCAUUUCCUGGGCUGUCACCUUCCUAUAACUCAGCUUCCAAGGCCUGCAAGCUCAGGACAGGCCAGGACACAGCAGAGACAGUAGUCAGACUCAAGGUGAUCAGGAUGGGUUCUGAACUAGGCUUGCAUCCAGUGCCCUCUGCGUCUCUAUCACACUAAUCCCUCCUGGACUUUUUUGGAGGGAUGUUUUGAAAGUGAAUGGCUCGCUUUCCUCUGCCUUCUGCCUCCCUCCACUUUUCCAGCACCAGAGGCCCCAUGUGAACCCCUCCACCUGCCCUUUAUCCUACACCUGCAGUGAGGACACCCUUACGCACACACAUCACUCUGUGCCUUAGAGGCCUAUCAGACCUGCCACAGGGUGAGUAGCUUCCCUCACCUCCCCCAGCUCUGAGACUCAAAUUUGUGUCUGUUCUGGAGCUUCAGGUAAGGACUUGAGACCACUCUACACAACUCCCAUGGGCCCAACCCCAAACCCAAAUCCCUCCCAUCCAAGCACUUGUCCUUCCAGUGGCAAGAAUGACAGGUCCCAGGAUGUGCCUUGUACAAGCCUUGAAUUUGUCAACCCAUUUUUUUUUUUCCUGCAAGGGCUAAGUAGCCUAUACCCCUCAUUAAACCUUGACUUGUUUCUGUA